CAUCAAGAAAGUUAUAUGCAUAUGAAGAGAGUCGAAGGAAGAACCAUGGCCAUCCAUAAGCUUCUCCUGAAAGUUGCGUUGCUUGGGGCUUUUUUAUUUGGUCCAUACCACAAUCACGUAGCACAAGCUGAUGAUUCACUGACUAAGCCCGGAUGCCGAAGUUCCUGUGGAAACCUCUUGAUUCCAUACCCCUUCGGAUUGACCGAUAGUGAUUCCCACUGUCGCAUCAAUUCUUCCUCAUUCAUAGUCGACUGUGAUUACUCUACCAGCCCUCCCGUUCCUUACAUGUGGAACAGAAGUAGUAACAUCAAAAUACUCCACAUUUCUGUCGAGGACCAUGAGCAACGCAUUAGUGCUCCAAUCGCUCGAAAUUGCUAUAACUCUUGCGGGUGCAAUGAUUUUUCAAGCUGGUUAAGGCUAGCUAAAUUCCCCUUAUCCAGCACCAAGAACAAGUUCACUGCCAUUGGCUGCGACACGUCAGCCUCCUUUCGAGACCGCCAUGAGAAGUUCUCUUUCGGGUGUAUGUCUUCGUGUAGCAGCGUUUUGGACGUCAGCAAUGGGUCGUGUACUGGUAUCGGUUGCUGUGAGACGAGCAUCCCAAGGAACUCCUUCAGCUACAACAUCUCGAUUACGAGCUUUUCCAAUCAUUCCGAUGUCCUGGAUUUCAAUCCCUGCAGCUAUGCCUUCGUCGCAGAAAUUGGAUCCUACAACUUUUCGGUUGGUGACCUACGGCAGCUUAAAUUUAAUGAUCACCCUCUAGUUCUCGACUGGGCAAUAGGGAAUCAAACAUGUGAGGAGGCCAAGAAGAACAGCAUGAGCUACAUGUGCACCAAUAACACCAUUUGCACCGACACCGAAAACGGAUCUGGUUACAAGUGCACUUGUUUAGAAGGUUACCGAGGCAAUCCUUACCUACCGAAUGGUUGUCAUGAUAUUGAUGAAUGUGCGGAUCCAGAGAUGAACCAGUGUGAGAAAAUUUGCCAUAAUGUUAUUGGGAAUUAUACUUGUUCAUGCCCAAAGGGUUAUCAUGGUGAUGGCAAGAAGGGCGGUGGAGAUGGACAAGGAUGCAUUGCUAAUCCAUCACAUUUGAUGAAGAUAUUGGUUGGUGUUGCUGUGGGCAUAAUAGUGCUGCUCUUCAGUAUAGGCUUUCUGUAUUUCGGAUACAAGAAAAGGAAGCUCAUCAAGUUCAAAGAACAUUACUUCAAGCAAAAUGGUGGCUUGCUUUUGCAGGAACAAUUACAUGAAUGUGACAGAACCACAAAAGUUGUGAAACUGUUCAGUGCCGAAGAGCUAGAGAAGGCCACCGACAAUUAUGAUAAGAGCAGAAUAAUCGGCCGAGGAGGAUACGGUACCGUUUACAAAGGGUUGUUGCCAAAUAAUACGGUAGUUGCGAUUAAGAAGUCGAGGCUCGUGGACCAAAGCCAAAUCGAACAGUUCAUCAAUGAAGUCAUUGUGCUUUCUCAAAUUAAUAAUCGUAACGUGGUCAAGCUUUUGGGAUGUUGUUUGGAAACAGAGGUGCCUUUAUUAGUGUACGAGUUUGUCAACAAUGGAACACUCUUUGACCACAUCCACAACAAAUCAUUGAAGCUGUCUUGGGAGACUCGGUUGAGAAUCGCUUCGGAAACUGCUGGAGUCCUCUCAUACUUGCACUCCACGGCUUUCACUCCCAUUAUCCAUCGAGAUGUCAAAUCAGCAAACAUCCUUUUGGAUGCUAACUACACCACGAAAGUCUCCGACUUCGGAGCUUCAAGAUUAGUCCCACUUGAUCAAACGCAAUUAUCCACUAUGGUUCAGGGAACAUUGGGAUACUUAGACCCUGAAUACUUUCAGACAAGCCAAUUGACAGAAAAGAGUGAUGUUUAUAGCUUCGGGGUCGUGCUAGCUGAGCUAUUGACAGGGAAGAAGGCGCUUUCUUUUGACCGACCGGAAGAACAAUGUUGCUUGGCAACAUACUUUCUUUCAUCAUUGAAAAAUGACAAAUUGUUUCAGAUUGUUGACGAAGUUAUUGCAAACGAAGAAAACAAUGAGCAGGUGAAGGAAGUUGCCAAUCUUUCCGAGAGAUGCUUGAAAAUAGAAGGCAAGGAGAGGCCGACCAUGAAGGAAGUAGCAAUGGAAUUGGAGGGACUCAGAGCAAUGGCUAAGCAUCCAUGGGUAAGUGGUAUCAAUGUGAAUCCAGAAGAAACGGUUCAUUUACCGGGAGAGAAGACCGAUGUGCACAUUGAUAGUAUUGUGACCACGGGCACUGGAUACACGGAAAACAUGAAAAACCAUGUCAUGCCACUAGUUAGUAGUGGGAGAUGACAAUAACAGGUUAUCGAUAUAUAUCUGGGUAUGCUGUGUUGGAUGUUAUGGUUGCACUAGGUCUCCAUUGACUGCCCUGGUCAUUGGGUUCUUUCACGUUGAAACUAGUUCACCAAAUGGUUUCUAUGCAUGGAAGAGAACUCUUGAAAAGUCUAAAGUCAGUUUAGUGAUUCAAUAAGUGUUUGUGUGAAUGCAGGAUAAUUUAGCUUUAGAAAGCUUUGGAUCGAACUCAGUGAGAGGAUGUAAAUAUGGCUUCCUCCUUCUACCGUUUCUUGGUGGUGUUUUUGAGAUUUGGUAGCUUUCCUGUCUUUUGAGUGUACCGAAGUUA